AUGUCGGGUGAAAGCUUGACUGUAGACUUUCAGUCAACCCGGGCAAAAUCAAUCCGAGUCUCACUGUUUUCAUAUGGUCACGCUAAUGGACCAAUCUUGAAACAACAAAAAGAGGCAACAUGUCACAAAUAUUUGGCCUACAAUAUUCGACACUUACCCAAUCCACCUCGCAAUCUUCGAGCAAACUCAACUGGCUUAUCUAGGCGUCUUCAGAAGGAGUUCCUUCGAAAUGAUAAUGUCGAAGCAUUCUUGCUCAAGGUCCAAGAGGAAGUUCUUGGCGCCGUCGAAAAGGGUUGCGAUCAGCUACUACAUUCAAGUGAAGCAGAUGAAAACGAAAAGGCCCCGGGCAUAUUCGAUGAGCGAUAUGACAAGAACGCUGAUUCUAGCGAAGACGCUUCCUUGGAACACUCAGAUAUCGAUGUGGCUGUGACAAUAUGCUGUGAGGAGGGCCGUCACCGGAGUGUUGCGUUUGUCGAGGAGUUGGCCCGAAGGCUGGCUAUUUUCAAACAUGAAGACCGCUUCUCUCGGUAUUGGAAAAUUACGAUUGACGUGACACAUCGUGAUAUUGGAGAUCCUGAAGGAUUGGGGCGGCCUGUGGGACAGCAUAAGGUUCCAAAUAAGACCCAAGCAAAGGCUCGACAACGGGAGCGGCAUGAAAAGGGGAGCAGGCAUACAUCACACCCUCAAUAUGAUGAGAAUGGCUCCUAA